AUGAAAGUGUUGUUGCUGAUGACUUUCCUUUUUGAAACGGCGUUGGCUUAUCCACAAGACGAUGACGGACCAAUCUGGGGUGGUUCAAACAGCGAUAACGAUGACGGGAGUAUUAAUAGUCGAGUUGACAACCCCCACUCCGGUUUUGGUAAUUGCGAGUGUGUACCUUAUUACGUGUGUAAGGACGACAAUAUCAUCACUGAUGGUUCUGGCGUACUCGACCCUAGGAAAAAACCAGUACCCUCCAAAGAACCCGAUUUGUUUGCCCACCUGAGUCCAGAAGGCCGAAGAGGGUGUGGUAACUUUCAUGUAUGUUGUAUUGCACCAACAACAUCCACCGUAAAACCAUAUACUCGUCAAUGUGGCUUCAGGAAAGUCAAUGGCAUCAACAAGCGUAUUUUGAGUCCUAAUGGUAAAAAUCUGUCCGAGUUUGGAGAGUGGCCUUGGCAGGGAGCUGUCCUAAAAGUCGAAGGCAAAGUUAACAUCUUCCAGUGUGGUGCCGUUCUUAUAGACAGUUUUCACUUGCUUACUGUAGCCCAUUGCGUUUACAGAUUUACGCUUGAAAAUGCUUUUCCUUUGAAAGUGCGACUGGGAGAAUGGGAUACCCAAAAUACUAAUGAGUUCUUGAAGCAUGAAGAUUAUGAAGUGGAAAAAAUUUCCAUCCACUCUAAAUAUAAUCAUGAAAGGAAAAACUUGUGGGACGACAUCGCUAUUUUGAAACUGAAAGUGGAAGUUUCCUUUGGUCCUCAUAUUGACACCAUCUGUUUACCAAAAUAUCAAGAAAAGUUUGAAGGUGUUCAGUGUGUGGUUACUGGUUGGGGAAAGAAUGCCUACAAAAAUGGUUCGUACACCAAUGUCUUAAGAAAAGCCCAUGUUCCUGUUAUUAGUAACGAUAAAUGUCAGCAGCUUCUGAGAAAAACUAGGUUAAGUAAGUGGUUCAUCUUGUAUGAAAACUUUAUCUGUGCUGGUGGAGAAAGUAACGCCGAUUCUUGCAAGGGGGAUGGAGGUGGCCCCUUAGCCUGCUGGAGAAAAGACGGUACCUAUGGAUUGGCAGGCCUGGUAUCGUGGGGAAUUGGCUGCGGUAGUCCUAAUGUCCCUGGUGUUUAUGUCAGAGUUACAAAUUAUCUUGACUGGAUUACAGAAGUUACUGGUCGACCGAUCUCGGAGUACUGGCCACGUUCUUAA